AUGAAUCAACAAGUCGGCAGUUGUACAUCACCAACCACGCAAUUCAACGUCAGACAAGCUUUCCACAAUCGUGGCAAAUUCAUAUUGGAGGCUUGUGAUGUUUCACCUCCGACGGUGUUCGUAGGUUCUACUCCAACUUGGUGUCCGGCGGCGGCGGCGAGGAGGCAAUUUCCUGAACAAUUGACCCAACGGCCUAGCGUCACGGGAGUGAAGCGAACCAGAUCAGGCCAGUCGCUGUCUUCUCCCGACAGUCAAUGUAAAAGGCCUGGAUGCCACGAGCCUACAUCCCCAUCAAGAAGUGAGGGUCUCCCAAGCAAUGACGACGAUGAAAUCACUGGCACCAACAAGAAGCAUCCACCUCAAGAGAAUAGUCUUUCUUGCAACCACUUGUCUCUAGCGCAGGGAAUGAAUCUACAACAACUUUUGAGAGAGAGGUUUAGCCGUUGGAGUAAUGGGGUAGAAUACACUACGCCACCAGAGGACAGAUUGCCUCCACGAAAGCGCUUUAGAACAUCGCAAUGGCAGUCGGGUCUUCCAAGACUCGAAGAAGAGGAUGAAAGCGAGGGCGAAUUCGUUGUGAUCUCUCAUUCACCACGCAGAGUAGGGUUCUUUCAUCUUGCCUGCCCAUUUUACAUUCAUGCGCCCGACAAACACCAGCAAUGUCUUAUCCAACACGAUUUAGUUUCUAUUGAGAGGUUGAAAAAGCAUCUCUUACGACAUCACGAUAGACCUCUGUACUGUCGUACAUGCCGGAAGACUUUCGCAACGUUGAUUGAUCGAGACAACCACGCCUUGGAGAAUGCAUGCAAGAGAAACGAUCAAGAGACAUUGGAUGGGCUCACUGAAAGUCAAAAAGCCAGACUGAUCAAGGGAGAUCGGUAUUGGCUAGGAGAGGCAAAUCGCUGGCGUCGUAUUUGGUCUACAGUCUUGCCCGGCACAGAGCAACCUCCAUGUCCAUACCUUGAUCGGGGCGAUGGGCUGAAUGUUUCUAUGAUAAGGGACUUCUGGGCUGUUGAUGGCCAGAAAAUCGUCUCUGACUUCGUCGAGAGCCUGGAAAGUCCUACGGAUGAGAAGAGCGCAACACACGAUAUGAUCUGCCAGAAGGCACUCGAGGGUCUGGUGGAUUGGGUAAUCAAACAGGAUAGCAAGUCAACUAUUCUGUCUUUUGACAGAUGA